AUGGGAGUAUCAGAUGUGAAAUUUGAUACAAACGCUGCUACUGUGACUGCCUCGACCGUUGUGGACCUUUCAGCGCAGGGAAUACAAAGUUGGAUCCCAGUUUCCACCUGCUCGGAGGACCACACCACCCUCAUCCUGGAUCGCAACCACAUCAUGAAGCUGGACCAUCUGGAGAGGAGCCCAAGCCUCCAGCAACUUUCUGUGGCCAGCAACCGUCUGGUGCGAAUGAUGGGUGUGUCUCGACUAACAGAGCUGAGGGUCUUGAAUCUUCCCAAUAAUAGCAUUGGCUACAUCGAGGGGCUUAGAGACCUACCGCACCUCGAAUGGCUCAACCUGUCUGGUAACAAUAUAAAGGUCAUUGAGCAGCUUAACAACUGCAUUUCCCUGCAACACCUGGACUUGUCUGACAAUAACAUAUCUAGCAUUGGUGAUAUGACUAAGCUGGUAGCGUUGAAGACACUAUUGCUCCAUGGCAACAGCAUCACAACACUUCGAACUGCUCCUGCCCACUUACCUGCUCAUUUAUCCAUUCUCUCCCUGGCAGAAAAUGAGAUAAGGGAUCUCAAUGAAGUGUCAUAUCUGGCAAUGCUCCAUGAGCUGGAGCAGCUCUCCAUUAUGAGCAACCCCUGUGUUAUGGCAACUCCCUCACUGCCUGGUUUUGACUAUCGGCCUUAUAUCAUGAGUUGGUGCCUGAGCCUCAAGGUCCGAGGCUAUGUAGUUUCACAAAAAGAGGGUCUCAAAGCAGAGUGGCUUUACAGUCAGGGCAAAGGUCGUUCGUAUCGCCCUGGUCAACAUGUGCAGCUGGUUCAGUACCUUGCUACUGUUUGCCCUCUGACAUCUUCUCCAGCCCUGGAGACUGCUGAGGACGCCAAGCUUGAGAAGAUCCUGAGUAAGCAGAGGUUUCACCAAAGCCAGUUGUUACAGCAGAGCCAGGGAGGCUGUCACAGCCCUCCUCGCCCAACUCAACUGGAUGUAGACAAACAGAGCCCUCAACAUACAGUUCCACAAGGGGGAGCUGGUGAGGUGAUGAAAGCCCCUGCUGCUGCGCCAGCUGCUGUACCACUAGUCAGAGAGACAGAGCCAGCUGUGCAGUACAAUACCUGGAUUGGCUCUGACUCAUCCCACCCGUCAGUGCCUAUGAUUCGCAGCCCGAGGGUUACAGAGGAACCCAUCCAUUUAGAGGAUGUGCAGACAGAUGAGGACAAACUCAACGGCAGUCUGCUUUCCUCGGAGUCCACUUUCCUUCCCUUCACUCCUGACCUGGAGCCCCAGCAGACCCGCUCCGAUAGCGAGGAUGAGACAGAGACAUUUGAGCCUGACUCUCUGGCCCCUGAGCGCCCAGCCCAACUCAAAAAGCUCCAGACAGACAAUCAUUCACCUUCAGUGAAAGAGCGAGAGCAGGUGAUUGCGGAAGAGGAAGUCACGUCUGUAGCAGGUCAGCACAACAGUGCCUCAGCUACGACAGCUGGUCCGCUGGCAGUCAGUGGUAGCCCACCGCAAAGUGAUCUGGAAGCAUCCGCGGACUGUGGCAAAGAGGAGAUGAAAGAGGGCCCCAAGCAGGAAGAAGUGGUGAUAUGUCCUAAUAAAUCAAACCUGGACGAAGCAGACAGAGCAGCAGUCAAAAUCCAGUCGUGGUGGAGGGGACAACACACUCGCCAUUGCCACCCGAUGGCCAGAGAGGUGCGGGGUGAAAUUCGCCUACGAAGGAUGCAAGAGCACAUCCUUUUCCUCUCUGGAGAGUUGGAGAGGGUGCAGAAGCAGUAUGAGGAAGAACGGUUACAGAGGCUGGUUCAGGAGGAGGCAGUUAAGUUUAUGUGGAAACAGCUCCAGUCAAUGCAGCAGUGGCAGCAGUCUGUUGAGCAGCAGCUGGCCAGCGUUUCCCAGGCUGUGACCUCAGCUCAGAUCUCAGCUCCUGCACUAUGUGGGCCCGCCUUACCUGUUGGCCCCAGCACCACAGACCCAGGUUGCACAGAUGUGUCCUUCCCAGACUCGGGCUUCCAGUCCACCAGCGAACAGCAGGCAGCGCAGCAGGACAGCUUCAUGAGCAGCGGGACGGCGGACUCUCUGGAGACGGUGCGAGCGCUGACAUCGGUGACUACGGUUUACAGUGGCAGUGCUGCUGGUGGGGUGGACAGUCCAGACUGCAGCCUGCUGGAACAAUACCUGUCCUCUGUGCAGCAGAGGGAGGAGGAGGCGGAGGAGGGAGCGGCCAGCGAUAGAACAGAAACACCACAGCCGUCCUCACCCCUCUCCCCGAGCAAAGCAGCACAGCCUAACUCGCCCCCACAGGACGACAAGACAGCAGACAAUAAAUCAGAGGCUCCGUGCAAACCGGAAGCCUCUCCCAACCUUGUCUGAGUGUGUACGUUCAAUAAGCACCUGUACAGGACUACGUCUACACAUUAAGCACUGACUGUAGGAUCGAGAUGUGUCGCUACCUCUGGAAACUUUGAGCAUGUUUUAAAACUGCUGACCCAGACCUAAAGUCAAAAUAUACAUAAUUGCCUUUGUUUUUCAAACUACAGGCAGCUGUUGAGGCAAAACGUAGCUUCCUGUGAAUGUAACUCUAGUUUGUUUAUACUUCACUACCCAGACCUGUUAUUUAAUGGAAAUUUUCCCUUUGUGUGUAAAGAAAACAAUUGUGAUCUUGCUUAAGAGGGCAUUAGUAACAAUAGAUAGGUUGCUCUCUACCUCUACUGAUGAAGAACACCAGGCAAGGUAUAAUAACAUAUUUAUUCUGUUGAUAUCCAUUUAUUUGUUUGAAACUGCAAUAAAUCUCAUUAAUAGUGUCAUGAA